UGGGACAUUGCAAACUCGGCACCAAGUGUUGGAGCUAGUUCUUUAGUCACGGAUGCGAAUUCUGCACUCUCAGGUGACCGCCAUAUGCAAAGAAGUGCAAGCAUUAAUGGAGACUCGUAUUUAAGAUUACCUGCUUCGCCAUUGUCAUUCACAUCGAAUAAUAUUAGUAUUUCUGGGUCACCUGCAAUGGAUGGUUCCUCAGUAGUACAACAGAAUUCUCAUCAAGAUCAGAAUGCUCACCAAUUGCAGCAGAAUCAACAGAAGCUGCAGGGUGCUUCAAGUUCUAUGCAUUUGCCUGCUUCUCAAACUGGAUCGUCUUCGCACCAAAUGGGUGCACAAGUUGCAGGAUCUUUCAUUCAAUAUCCAAAUAGUAUAUCCCACUUGCUGAAAAAGCGUAGGCUGGAUAUCAAACCAGAUGAUAUAAUGCAGCAACAGGUAAUACAACAGCUUCUUCAGAGACAAGACCCCACACAGUUCCAAGGCCGUAAUCCACAGUCACAGGCUAUGUUUCAGCAACAGCAUAGGCUUAAGCAACAAAUCUUUCAGUCAUUGCCCCAGGCCCAGCGGAUGCAAUUGAUACAACAACAGCAACAUCGACUUCUUGUUCAACAGCAACAACAGUUCAGGCGACCUGCAAUGCAAGAAAUGGGUCAGAUGCAAGGGCAACAUCAGAUGCAAUUUUCUUCACAAUUUGAACAUAGAAAAAAAGCAGAUGGAGAUGAUAGUCGUGCCUAUGAUCACUCAAGGAUUGGUCAAUCUAAUGAUAAAACAAUGAAGAGUACAGCAGGAACCUCAAACCUAAGUCGUGUAUUUGGUAGUAACUCCCAUGUUUCAAGCAGCUGGAUGCCUUCAUUGCGACGGAUUUCUUCAACCAAAUAACAGAUAGUAUUUUGGAGGAGUCCCUUAGAGCUUGUUUCUAAUAAUCUUGCUGCAAUCAACACACCAGCAACCAUGUCCAAUAACAGCCUGCAUAACCCAAACCAUAGCAAACCAAAGCUCCAAUUUUCACUGCAGUAAACAAAAUAAUU